AUGCCCUCGAACUUCGACUUACCGAAGUUCUACUCAACAGAUUCUAAAGGACAGAAACACGAGAGUAGAGAGCAUGGUAAACUUGAAUCAGACAGCUCUGUCGCCAAGUUGGACUUACAAUUUAUAACAAAUCAUUCGCGGCAGCGACGUCAGAGGACGUCAUUUACACCAUGCCAGCUUUCAGCACUAGAAGAAUUAUUUGCGCGGAUAUAUUAUCCUGACAUAUUUGUGAGGGAGGAGUUAGCAGCAAAAAUUAACCUGUGUGAGGCCAGGGUACAGGUGUGGUUCCAAAACAGAAGAGCAAAAUGGCGAAAGGAGUUACGUAAGACCGGAAUCAAUGCUGCUUUACGUUACUACAAUCACAUGCCGAUAAAUGACAGUGUCGCGGCAGAUUUGAACAGGCGAUUACGUUAG